UGAAGUGAUUGAAAAACACGCGCCUGUACGUAGUUUCAGAGUUCGUAAUAAACCUAGUCCUUGGCUUAAUUCAGAACUCAAAUAUUUAAUGAUAAAUAGAGAUAAACUGAAGAAAAAGGCUAUUUCAUCCAAUAAUUCUGAAUCUUUGUCUGCUUAUAAGCAGCAAAGAAAUUUUGUAAAUAAUAAGAUCAAAAAAGCGAAAAAGGCAUAUUUUCAAGACGAACUCAACAGAAAUGUAAAUAAUGUUAAAGAAACAUGGAAAAUUUUAAAUAAUGCGUUGGGAAAGAAAUCGGAUAACAUCGAAAUAAACACGCUGUCAUCUGACUCAGGAGAAAUCUUAACCGAGUCAUUUGACAUUGCAAAUUCGCUUAAUAAACAUUUCGUUGGAAUUGGUCCGAAAUUGGCCUCCAAUGUUCCCCUUUUAGGCAAGGUUGCAACAGCUAAGGAUUACAUGACCCAGGUUGAAUCAUCAUUUGAAUUUCAAAAGAUAGAUUCUAAAGACGUCUUUAAAUUAAUAAACAAAUUAAAUUUGCGUAAAGCUUCGGGCUGUGAUAAAAUAUCAAAUAGAUUAUUAAAAAUAUCUGGUCCUUAUAUUUAUGAAGCUUUAACAAAUUUGUUCAAUCUUUCUCUUACAACAAAUAAAUUUCCGACAAGGUGGAAAAUUGCAAAAGUCUUUCCAUUACAUAAAACAGAGGAAAGGGAUAAUGCAAAUAAUUAUAGGCCUAUUUCGGUGUUAUCUUCAAUUGCACGUCUUUUUGAGCGCCUUGUGUAUAACCAAAUGUAUGCUUAUUUAUCUAAACAUAGACUAAUCAAUACCCGUCAAUCUGGAUUCCGUUCACUUCACUCUACCAUGACAGCCUUGCUGGAUAUGACAAAUCAAUGGUGUUUUAAUAUUGAUAAAGGGAUGUUAAACGGUGUGAUUUUUCUUGAUCUAAAGAAGGCUUUUGAUACCAUUGAUCAUGCAAUUUUGCAAAUGAAACUUGCAUGUUAUGGUUUGAAAGAGUGUAGUUUGGAAUGGGUUGAAUCCUACUUGACAAAUAGG